AUAAUAUUAACAGAUAGUUUAACAAUAAGAAUAAAGUUUGCGUUGCAUUUCAAUAUUUAUCGUUAAAAAGUUAAAAUAUGGGAGAGCGAUAUAACAUUCAUAGUCAAUUAGAACAUUUGCAGUCAAAAUACAUUGGUACAGGUCAUGCUGAUACAACUAAAUUUGAAUGGCUUGUAAAUCAGCAUCGUGAUUCUUGCAGUUCUUAUAUGGGACAUUAUGAUUUAUUAAAUUUCUUCGCUAUUGCGGAAAACGAAGCGAAAGCACGUGUUCGUUUUAAUCUUAUGGAAAAAAUGUUACAGCCUUGUGGCCCGCCGCCAGAAAAACCAGAAGAUUAA